AUGAAGUGGAUCCAAGCCGUCGUGUGGUUCUCGUCAUUGGUAUCUUUGACCGAGGCAGCCCAGGGUGGCUUGCGUCAACUGCUUUCUGGUAACACCUGUGUCUGCUGGGAUGACUUGGAUCAGGUGGCAGCCGCGGAUUUCUUCGACUGGAAGUACAGAACGAAUAGCGCUUGGAAUAUUGACGAAGUUUUCAAUAGCCAAAGCCGGAGUUACUAUCUGGUUCAGCAUUUGAAUCCUUAUGAGGAUGUACCUCACUACAAUUGGGGCUAUUGCACUGUCUACCGUCACGGACAAAGCGUUCAUAGCAAGAAGAGGUUGUCUCGGGAAGAAUUCCGUGGUUGUCGCACGAACAUGCAUCAGGAAGUGGAUCGACUCUGUGCGGACCCAAAUCUCAAUUCGUCUGGAAAGUAUAUCGAAGGUUGUGAUACAACCCGGGUACCAACCCCUGCUCCACACCCCACACCCGCUCCCACCGACGAGCCAUCCGCCAGCCCGAGCCUCAGUCAGGCGCCUUCCAUUAGUCCCUCCAAGGCUCCCACCAUCACCCCGACCGUCAGCGCGGCUCCUACGACAUUGAAUGGGUGUAAAGGUGGGCUCGCUGCCGUUGAGAUUCAUCUUUCCUUGAGCGAUUCCGCUAGCCAAAAUCAAUGGGCAAUCUACAGGAUUGGGCAAGCGGGAGACAACCGUGUGCACAAGCAGCUCAGUUAUAAAGAAGCCCCCAAGGGAAUGUUCUACACGAAACUGGAGGAGUUUUGCCUCGACGAUUCGUAUAACUAUGUGUUCAAAAUUUUCAAUUAUUGGGGGCAAUUUGAAUACGACGACGACGACGACGACGACAGCACCGACGACUUCUUCCCUUACGCCGGCGGCAUGGAUGGUGGAACCUACGAAGUUGUUGUCAACGGUGUCGUCGUCAGGCCAUCCGCAGACUUUGACGACCCAAACAAAAAGGAAGAUUCGGUCUGCUUGAACCUCCAAAAUGUGACGGAUACAUCGGUUUGCGAUGGGGUUGAGUUCGAACAAGGCUAUGAAGACGUCGACCGUUAA